GACCCAAGGCAUCCCUUCAUAACCACAUUAUUGCCUACUGGAGACUCCUGCAGAACAAAAGGGACCGGUCAGGAAGCCAAGAUGAUCUCCUUCAAGCAACUGUCCCUUGAAGCAAAGGCUGCAGUGGCUGCAGGAGUGGUUUUCCUCUCCAUGAUGCUGUCGCGGAGUUACCUGUCAGAAAAGCUGGAUCUCAGGAUGCGGCGCUGGCUCCUGAGGCUGCAGACAGCACUGUUUGCUAAUGCACUCAUGUUGAUAGGAUCUCUUCAUGUGUGGAGAAGUACAGUCACCACAUUCUCCAGGGCUUCAGUUGCCAGCUCGUUCUGUUUCAUGCCCUGGAAAAUAGCUGUGUUCAUGUUUCUGGCUCUGGCUCAUUCAAGCUUCUUCACGUUGCUGUUUCUUGUUGCGGAAGAGCCCUAUUUCUUUUCUUUAGCUGCCUACACUUGCCUGGGGGCCUAUAUCAUUCUGAUUUUCUUCCUCUUCACUCUAGGCUCUGUAGAGCAGGCUUACAAGUUGUUGGCUGGGAAAGGUGCUAAGGCAGGCACUGGCAACAAGAACAGACCAGCGAUGAAACCAGUGUUGGCAGUGCUGCUGACUGUUGUGCUGACUGUAGUGGGGCUGUUAAAUGCCUCCCAGCCUCCUGCUGUGAAUUCCGUGGAGGUUCCAGUUCAUAAGCUGUCCUCAACAAUGAAUAACCUGAAAGUGGUGUUGCUUUCAGAUAUCCAUCUGGGGCCUACAGUUGGGAAGACCAAGCUUGCCAUGAUUGUGAGGAUGGUUAAGGCUUUAAAACCAGAUAUCACAGUGAUUGUUGGGGACCUGACUGACUCUGAGGCAGAGAUCAUCCGACCUGCUGUUGAGCCUCUUGGAGAACUUGCCUCCCCUCUGGGGACUUAUUUUGUCACAGGAAACCAUGAGUACUACACAUCAGAUGUUAGCAACUGGUUUGAGCUGUUAAAAUCGUUUAACAUUCGGCCACUGCACAAUGAGAAUGUGAAGAUUGUUUCACCACAGAGCACUGAGGACUGGUUCUGCCUGGCUGGCGUUGAUGAUAUUGAAGCAGAUGUGUUGCGCUACUCGGGACAUGGCAUGGAUUUAAAGCAAGCCCUGGGAGGUUGUAGCAGUGAGCAUGCAAUAGUGCUGUUAGCUCAUCAGCCUGUUGCUGCCAAGUGGGCCCUUCAGGAGAGACCAGACAUCAACUUAAUUCUCUCUGGCCAUACUCAUGGAGGGCAGAUCUUCCCACUAAAUGCUGGAGCUUAUUUGCUGAACCCAUUCUUUGUUGGCUUGUACAAAGUUGGGCAGAACACCUUUGUGUAUGUCAGCCCGGGGACGAUGUACUUUGGAAUACCCAUGAGGCUGGGCAGCAGAGCUGAAAUAACAGAGAUAAUUCUCCGUUCUCCUUGA